AUGACUGACUCCCAACAGCCAGAAAUCAUUCUAUACGACUUGGCUUGUACCAAAAACGUCUGUUUCUCUCCUGUAGUAUGGAAGAUUCGUCUCAUGCUCAACUACAAGAAAGUCCCAUACACGACUAUUUUUCUCGAAUUUCCUGACAUCGCGCCGACUUUACAAGAGCUUGGUCUCGCCUCGCAUCCGCCAAGCUCCAGGUCUCAUGUGAACUAUACAGUCCCCACGAUCAAACAUGUUCCUACAGGUACAUUCCUCAUGGACUCACCAGCCAUCGCCAAGUUCUUGGAGACUACUUACCCCAACCCGCCUCUUACUCUUACAUCCGAGCUUGGACAAGAGAUUGAGGUCAGUGCUCGUAGCGCAAUCGGCCCAGCAUUGCGUGUCUCAAUCACACCACGUGAACACCUCCUACUCUCACCUCGGUCGCAGGAAUAUUUCCGUGCCAAGAGUGAAAUACUACUUGGCUGCAAGCUGGAAGAUCUGAAGAAUGAAGAAAAAGAAGAAAAAACUUGGGAAGGGGUCAAAGAGAAAAUGAAGGAGCUGAGUGACUUGAUGAUGACAAACAAGGAAAACGGACCGUUUGUACUGGGAGAUCGUCCUAGUUACACAGACUUUUUUAUCGCGGCUUCACUCCAGUCGACGAGGACGAUUGAUGAGAGCGUGUUUCAGCGAUGCGUGGCAUAUCCCGGUUUCAAGAUGAUUUAUGAAGCUUGCCUGCCAUGGAUGGAUAAAAGAGAUUAG